AUGGACAACCUGACAUUCAGACACAGCGUUCUGUUAUUGGAGGGACUCAAAGUCCCACGCCAAUCCUCCUAUGCUGUUUUUAUUGUGAUUUUAGUGGCGUAUGUGUUUGCAAUGGUCUCAAAUAUUGGACUUUUAAUUCUGAUCUCAACAGAGAAGAAUCUACAUGACCCUAUGCACCUUCUGUACUGUAAUCUACCACUGAAUGAUAUAUUAGGAACAACUGUCAUGUUUCCACGAUUACUAAAUGAUAUUUUAAAGGAAACCUCAGAGCGAUAUAUUACAUUUGCUGAAUGUGUUACUCAAGCUUAUUUUGUACACAUAUUUAUUGCAUCAAGCCAUUAUGUGUUAAUGAUAAUGGCCUUUGAUCGAUAUGUGGCUAUAUGUAAUCCAUUACGAUAUUCAGCUAUAAUGACAAAUAAAAUGGUGGUUAAAUUAUCAACAAUAGCCUGGGGGUCAGCAAAACUUGUAGUGACAAUUCUGAUAGUCCUCACUGUUCGUCUAUCUCACUGCAGAUAUAAAAUUGAAAAUCCUAUCUGUGACAAUGCAUCACUGUUUAAACUGUCCUGUGAAGAUGUGUCUGUUAACAAUAUGUGUGGUAUUGUUUAUACUGCGAUUGUAGGCUUUCUGUCAGUAUUGUAUAUAUUUAUAACAUAUGUCAGAAUUGCUACUGUAUGCAUUACCAGAAAAAGCAAAGCACUCAACAGCAAAGCCAUAAAAACCUGCAGUACUCAUUUAGCUGUUUAUAUAAUCAUGUUUAUAUGUGGAGCCACUUUUAUAUUUCUUCACCGCUUUCCGGAAUACUCUGAAAGCAGGAAACUAGCUGGUAUAAUGCUGCAUAUCGUACCACCAGGAUUAAAUCCUUUAGUGUAUGGUUUACAAACCAAAGAGAUAAGAGACAAAGUAGUUCAAUUUUGGUGUAGGAAAAAAUAA